AUGUCAGAUACUGGUUCUUCUCCAUUCAUUGAUCGACCAAGAUCGAUGUUAGAUGAAGAUUCAGAUUUCAAUUCAAGACAAAUAAUAUCGAAUUUGCAAUUUCAAAUUUCAUCACUUAAAACAGAGAAAAGUCUAUUACAACAAAGCAAAGAGUCCAUGGCCGAGAAGUAUGAAGCGUUGUUAAAAAAGAAGAACGAAGAGGUUGUUUCUUUACAAAAUGAUUUUGAUUAUGUAUUUAAACAAAGAGAUGAAUUACAAUCUAAGUACGAUAAUAUUCAACAAAUUAAUUCAAAAAACGUGGAAUCAUUGCAAACUCAGUUAAACGAUACUACAGAAAGGUACGAGGAAUUGAAGAACAAACAUGAAAUACUAAACACUGAUUUUAAAAGGCUUUUUCGUGACAAUAAUCAAAUGAAAUCAGAAGUAGAAUUCCAGAAAAAUUCAAGAGACCAAAUAAACGAAAAAAUUCUUAGCUUGCAAGAAGAGAACAAAAAUUUGUACAAAUCCAAUGAUGAGUUGAUUGAAAAAUUAAAUAGUGUUUCUGAACAGUUGGUUUCAAAUAGUGAAGAUAGGUUUAGCAAAAAUUUAUCGGAUCAAAAUGCUAAGCUUCAGAAGGCUAACAAUCAAUUACAAUUGAAGGUAGAUCAAUUAUUACAACACAAGACAUCAUUAGAAUUAUUAAGGCAAAAGAAUAAUUCUUUAGCUAAUAAGCUAUCUUCUUUGUCAAACUUAGAAGAGAAGUGUUGCAAACUAGAAAUUGAAAAUUUGGAAUUAUCAAAUAAGUUUGAUACUUUUUUCAAGACUAUAGAGGAUUCAGUUAAUAUUGAUGAAAAUAGAACGAAUGAAUCGGUUGUUAUUGAAUUCAUGGAUAAUUAUAAACGAUUGCAAAACCUUAAUUUAGUGCUUCAGGAUAAAUAUAAUCAAUCGGUAAGCAGUGUUUCAAGUGUACAAACUGAGUUAUCCAGUAUAAAAGAAAAAUAUUCAGAAGCUCUUUCAAAAAUAGAAUCAUUGAACAAAACGGUAUCAACGAGGACGGAAUUGAUCGAUAAGCUUGAAAGACAGAAAUUACUCAAUGUUAAGGAAAUCGAAUAUCUCAGAGGCCUGUUGAAGAAGUUGGAAGAGUUGAAUUUAAAACGUACUAAAGAAGAAACGAAUGACAAAUCAACAGAACAGUAUAUGUCAAAUUUAGAAAAGCUAGUAGAUGAAUAUAGAACUGAAAUCAACACUCUUCAGAAACAAGUUCUGUCACAAGAUAUACAAUCCAAUGUUCAUGCUGGAAAUAAGAGACCAAGAAUAAUAGAUAACGGUAUACAGAAUGAUUUCAAGUCUCAAGUUUCAGUAUUAGAAAAGGAAAAUCUUAAAUUGUUAUCGACAAUUAAAAAUUUGGAAUACAACAAUAAAACGUUAGGUGAAAAAUUACAGAAUUUGGAGAGUUUAGAUAAAAAAAAGAAGGAAUUACAUAUUUUACAAUUAAAAUCGAAUCCGGCUUCUCAAGAUCAGCUCAUCAAACAGCAGACCUUAGAUUUGCUUUCUAAAGAAAAUCAAGAUAUGAUAGAAAAAUUUGUUAAAAACAAAAAUUUUGAUGACUUGAUUCCUAAAUCUCUUUUCGAAAGACAGGAAAACGAUAAGCUACAGUUACAAACAAAAAUUGACCAGUUAAAUAAAAGAAUAAAUCGUUUAAGAGAAAUUUAUAGCCAAAAGAGUCGUGAUAUUUUAUCAGUUAUAUCGAAAUUUUUUGGGUACACGAUUGAAUUUUUACCAAGUCCAAUAAAUCCUAAUGACUUAUCAUCCAGAAUAAAGCUUGUAUCAAAGUACAUGAAUAAUAAAGAUGAAUCAAACUCUGCAUAUUUAAUACUAGAUGUCAAUUCAAAAUCAUUGAAAGCAAAUGGCAGCUUAGAGUUUAAAACGUUAUGUGAAGAUUUAGUAACUAAUUGGAUCAGUGAUAAAGAUCAAAUUCCCUGCUUCUUAAGUGCUUUGAAUUUAAGCAUAUAUGAUAAAUAUGCAACUUGA